UUGACAUACCAAAAUUACACAAACAAUGGCUCUCGAACAGAUGAAGGAGCUAUUGAUUUGAAGUCCAACGAAGUUGCUUGUGUUUUCGAAAAUGUGAUAAGUGUUGUGAAAUUGUUGAAAAAUGUGGAUAGCUACGAAAACAAAAAAAUACGGCGUUGCGAUAUAUAACUGGAAAGGCGAAACACGUCUUGGCCUGUCCCUGGAAAUAGGGGAAACUGUACAAAUCCUUGAGGAAUAUCCAGGCUGGUACAGAGGGUUCUCAACUAAAAACAGAUCGGUCAAAGGCAUAUUUCCACAGUCGUACAUCCACUUGAAACCUUGCAAAGUCGAUAACGAAGGUCUCUUUGAAAGCGUUGUACCUAUCGAGGAUCCUGUAAUCAGGGAAGUCACCCUAGUUCUUAGAGAAUGGGGCGAUAUAUGGAAAAAACUGUUUGUGAACAAAGAGAACUACAAGUUCGAAACUGUUGGGAAGGUUAUGAGGGACUUGUUAGAAUGGCGGAGGCAACUGGUAUCUGGCACUCUUACCCACGAUCAAACGAACGAGCUGAAACUGAAGAUAAUUGGAAAAAUCGACUGGGGAAAUCGAAAACUGGGAUUGGACUUGGUACCUCGACAAGGAGCUGAGAUGGUCAAUUCUGACUGCAUGUCAGUGGUGGAGCUUUAUCAUGUCCACGUUUCCAGUGCAGAAAAUACUACGGCUAGAGGAACGCUGAAGAAAAAAGAAACCAAAAAAGUACUGACCCACCAUCUGUAUUUCUGUAUGCGUGACUUUGGGCAUCACAUCGGUGAAGAUACUGAGAUAUAUUUUUCCCUGUACGACGCUGCCAAGUGCAAAUAUAUCACAGAAAGGUUUCUGGUCAAGAUAUCCAAAGAGGGUUUUUCCAAUUAUGUGGAGAAGCUUCAUAGUAACUGCACCUUUUUCACGGACUUAGGUAACUCUGAUUUAAAUAGUGAUAUUUUUAUAAUUGCUCACAUAAUAAGGAUCGGUAAAAUGAUCUACUCUGAUACCUCCAAAAAGACUGAAAAAUACGCGCCCCUGCAACAGCAAGUAUACAAAAGACCGUACGGCGUAGGGGUGCAACCUUUGGGCAAAUUUUUGGCCAGUAAGGAUAAGGAUUCCGAUGAAAAAGAGUUUAAUAUGAAGGUUUUCCAAGGGGAAGAGAAAGAUUUCCACCAAUUGCACGAGUUCAUAAUCAAGCAGAUCGGGAAAUUCAACGCUCUCACUUGUCCUCCUAAUUACGGAAUAAUGAUAUCGCUCAAGAUACUCCACGGCGAACUCAGACAAAUCAAGGAAGACAACCAGUUGCUGUUUAAGAACGUCAGCCUGACGAAAAAACUGGGAUUUCCUGAUGUUAUCAUGCCUGGAGAUGUCAGGAACGAUUUGUACAUUUCUUUGGAACGCGGAGAUUUCGAGAGAGGUGGGAAGUCCACUGGCAAGAAUAUAGAAGUUACAAUAGUGGUUCUGGAUAGUGAAAAGAACAGAAUUCAGGAUUGUUUGUGGGGAGCUUCUGGUAUGGAAGGAUCCGCAGUUUACAAUUCCAUGAUUAUAUAUCACCAUAACUCCCCAGCUUGGGCAGAAUUAGCCAGGUUAACAUUGCCAAUAGACAAAUUCGCAGGUGCUCAUGUAAGAUUCGAAUUCAGGCAUUGCUCCACUAGGGAAAAGAACGAUAAAAAGCUAUUUGGUUUCUCAUUCAUACGCCUAAUGGACAAAGAUGGUGCUGCCAUUCAGGACGGUUCCCAUGAGUUGUACAUAUACAAAUGCGAAGAUCUGCAGAAGCUAGAAAAUUGCGGCUAUUUGUCCCUUCCAGCGUUCAGCAAAGACUACGAAGGUAAUCACGAGGCUAGCGGGCAGUUUUCUCGAAGCCAAAAAGAAGCGGUCUACAUAAAAACUCUGUUAUGUUCCACGAAGCUGACUCAGAAUGUCGACCUUUUGGCUCUUUUGCGAUGGAAGUCGCAUCCAGAAAAGAUACAGGAUUCUUUGCAGAGGGUUCUGAAACUGGGUGAUGAAGAGUUGGUUAAAUUUCUGCAAGACGUGCUGGACGCCCUGUUCGCUCUAUUUUCGACGGAAGAUGGAAAUUCAACCCAGUACAGCGGAUUGGUUUUUCACGUACUGGUUUCAAUUUUCAUCUUGUUGGACGAGUCCAAAUUUCAACAUUUCAAACCUGUUUUGGACGCUUACAUCAAGAAUCACUUUUCUGCGGCUUUGGUUUACAAGGGAUUGCUCACAAGUGUGCAGCAUUGCGCUGAUUGGAUUUUAUCCUUCGAGAAGCAGGAACCUAUUCAGAAGUGCUACAAAAGUUUGGAGUAUAUUUUCAAACUAAUCAUUCAGAGCAGGUUAUUGUUUUCGAGGGCCACUUGUGGACAAUUUGAAGAUAGUUUCAAGAGGGACCUGUAUGCUGUGUUCAAUUCGCUGAAUAAAAUGCUGAUCAUGACGGAACCAAAUAUCACCAACACACAGGUGGCCUUACUUCUAUCUAUUAGCUCAGUUUACGAACAGCUCGUUGAGGUUUUACCGAUAUCAGAAGUCUCGAAGAUAGCUGCUACCAUGUUGGAUACAAUACCAAAAGAGUUACCUCUAUUGCUAGUUCAAGCCAAGUUAGUUUGUAUAAAAAAUUUAGUGUCCAGCAAGCUGUUCCAAGAUGACGAAUCCAGAAGUUUGUUGUUAGGCUGUGUUUGCAAACAUUUAAGGUUUCAUAUUAUACAUAGGGAUGAAUUAACGAUAUGCACCGAGGUCUUGUCUGAAAUACUGGGUUAUCUUUUCAAACAACGUAAGAUUUGUGACGAACAAGGAAAAAUAAAUAACUGUAUCCAUCAUGACGUGGAUACCUUGUGUAUAAGUAUCUUAGAAGUUUUGCUCCAAACCGUCUUGAUGUUGCUAGAUAAGGAUACGAAGAUAAUCGGCUGCUUGGUUGCAUGCAUGCUUGGAAUCUUGCAACUCUUGGACGAGUAUCAUUAUAAACGGUUAUGGGAAGUACUCAUGGGACCUAGUCACGAUCGGAAACUAUUGAAGGACUUCCUGUUAAGGGUGUUCUUGGUGUUCCGUAAUCUGGUUGUGCAAGAAGUUUACUCCAAGGAUUGGUUAGUGAUCAAAAUGGUUAUGAACAACAUCAUCUUGAAGUCUCUUCAAGAAUUGGCGCAGCCUUUGGCUUUCAAGUUUCUCGACACGCACACUGGUUACAUUGAUAAAGAACUUUGGACAAAUUAUUUCAAUUUGGCCGUUCAUUAUUUAACGCAAGAAUCGCUACAGUUAGAACAAUUUUCGGACGUGAAGAGAGAAAAGAUAAUCGAGAAAUAUGGGGAUAUGAGGGUUUUGAUGGGAUUUCAAAUUCUGUCUAUGUGGUCACAACUUGGGGAGUGUAAACUGGCUUUCAUCCCUUCCAUGGUUGGACCAUUCUUAGAAGUUACUUUAGUACCAGAAAUCGAACUAAGAAAAGCCACCCUUCAUAUCUUUUUCGAUAUGAUGGAGUGUGAGCAGAGAGCUAGGGGUAAUUUUAGACAAGUGGAAACUGAACUGAUAGAUAAAUUAGACACGCUAAUAUCGGAAAAUAAAGGGGAUGAUGAAUAUAGGAGACUGUUCAACACCAUGCUUCUGGGUAGAGUACAAAGUGAAGAUCCGACUUGGAAAGAAAGUGGAGCAGCUUUCAUCACAUCGGUCAGCCGCUUAUUAGAAAGACUUUUGGAUUAUAGGAGUGUGAUUCAAGGCGAUGAAAAUAGAGAUAAAAGGAUGUCUUGCACAUUCAAUCUUCUCAAUUUCUACAAGAAUGAAUUCGACCGUAAAGAGAUGUAUCUCAGGUAUAUAUACAAGUUGCACGAUCUGCAUUUUUCUGCUGAGAAUUACACGGAGGCUGGUUUCACCAUGAAACUUCACGCAGAUCAGCUGAGUUGGACCAACCAUACGCCAGUAUCCGAUCUCAAUAACGCCAACCUGACGGAAAGUCAACUGAAGGAGAAACUUUACUUGCAGAUGAUUCAUUAUUUCGACAAGGGAAAGUGUUGGGAAGAGGGCAUCCCUUUGUUGAAAGAGCUGGCAGCUGUUUACGAAGAACAAUCAUUCGAUUACAAAGCUCUAAGUGAUAUUUUGAAAUAUCGUGCCAAAUUCUACGAUAAUAUACUGACUCAACUCCGUCCCGAACCCGAGUAUUUUAGGGUUGGUUACUAUGGUCUCAGUUUCCCACUCUUCGUCAGGAACAAGCAAUUCAUCUAUAGAGGUUUAGAAUAUGAGAGGAUAGGUGCCUUUACGCAGCGAUUACAAACGGAAUUUCCCGCCGCCCAAAUUUUGAUGAAGAACACACCACCGGAUGAUUCUAUUAUUAAUUCUGACGGUCAAUAUAUUCAAAUUUGUAAUGUCAAACCCAUUCCAGAGCCGAAUCCUAUAAUUUCAGCGAAUGGAGUCUCGGAAAAAGUUUCUAGGUAUUAUCUUUACAAUAACGUUAAAAGAUUUCAAUGUGAUAGACCAGUACAUAAAGGGAUGAUCGAUAAAGAUAACGAAAUCAAGAGUUUAUGGAUCGAAAGGAUGACUAUAGAAAUCGAACAUCCCUUGCCUGGUAUCCUUCGGUGGUUCGAGGUUGUAAACAGGCACACCGAAGAAAUACCCCCGGUAAAAUUCGCUUGCGAAACGAUGCAGAACGUAGAAAAGGAACUGAGACAACUGAUCGUCCUGUAUUCUAAGGAACCCAAGAGGAAUUUGAACCCGUUCACCAUGCGUCUUCAGGGUAUCAUAGACGCGAACGUCCAAGGGGGCAUCAGCAAAUACCAACAAGCGUUCUUCACGCAGGAAUUCCAGAAGCUGUACCCCGAACACAUGACCUACGUGUUCACCCUGAAGAAUCUGAUUUUGGACGCCACGCAGGUUAUGGAGGAGGGGUUGGAUCUGCAUGGUAAAUUGGCAUCUGCGGGGGUUCAACCGUUGCACCAGAGGUUGCUCGAGAGGUUCGCUCAGCUGAGGGAAAGUCUGGGAUCGAUUUGUAGGCCUAAACGACAAAAAUCUGAUAGUAUUGUCAAUACUCCACUGCCGCCAGUUCCCCUCGAAAAGAAGUAUUCAGAAAAUGGUUCCCAAUUAUCAUACGGAUAUUUGGGGGAUUAUAGUGAACCCGAUGUGAUUUACACCAAACCUACGGAGAAUGAAAAAAUGAUGCCUAGUAGAGAGGCUUUAGGAUUAUCCUUGCCAAGCACAAUUGGCGCCCCACCAAUUCCACAACGGGAAAACAGGCCAAAGUCGCAAGGUUUUAGUAACUUGUUUUGCGAAGUGCACACACCUACUAGAGGGCCCUUCGAGUAUAACAGCUCCAGUUUGCCAUCUUUCAAAAGCAGGGAAUCCGACUUGUGUGAUAUUCCACUGCCACCAAAACCUACACAUUCCAGGGAAAGAUCUCUCACAAAACCGCCAUCUCCCAGGUUGCUGAGACACAGUUCCAUGACACCUACUGAUGGUAUUGCACCAUUGAGAAAUUCAUGGUCAGAUUCAGGAACAGAAGAAGCACCCCCUCUGCCUCCUAGGUCUCAUACUCCUGACAAACGGGUGAAUAGCUUCUCCAGCGACACGCCGCCUCACGUACCCAAAAGGGGUGCCAAAAAAUCCACCCCCUCGAUGUGCAGCAUGGAAUACGUGGCCGUGGACGAGGGUUCUCAGGAACCGAUCUCCAACUCUUCCUCCAAUUGUUUGUUGGCAGCUCAAAGCGACGAUUCCCACGAUCUGAGGGAUUCGGGGAUCAGCAUAUCCGAACACGCUCAUCUGAACAAUUUCAACAAUAGCAGUUACGAAGAAUUCGAUCUGAGGGCGCAUCAGCAGGAGAUGAACAUCGUUCAGAGUCCCCCGAAGGACGGGGGAAAGGGGAAUCCUCCGCCUAUCCCUCCUAAGUGUAGCUACGCAGGUAGUUCAGUCGUCUUCGACGCCGAGAUCAAGAAGGAUAAUUUCGGGAAUGUCGUUAGUCCAGAAAAUUAUUCCAUUCCGAAGAUGCAAGCGGACGCUAAAGUGUCCAAUUUGGAGAAUUCGUGAAGAGACUGGUUAGGUUCGAAAUGGUAGAUGAAAUAGUGUAUAUUACUUUCUUUAUCUCGGUUAAGAUUUACGAGUCAUAAUUUUGAAUUUUAUAUCGCGCAAACGAAUUCAUUAGUUUCGAUGAUAGCACAAUUUUAAGUGAUGUAAAUAUUAGAUACAUUCAUAUCGUUUUAUGAACAAUUUAUGAUAACUUUUUAGAUUUUUUUGGUCCUAUUUUAUUAUUUAAUUUUUUCAAAGGUAUUCUUCUUUAAUAUUUGUACUUGGGAAUUCUCAAAUCAUAUAUUGAAUUUUUCAUGUGGACUAAAGUUUUGACCAAUAACCUAUAAUAAUUCUUCAUCGGUUUCACACGAUUCAGAACCAGCUUCAUGAUCAAUAAUGCUCAAUAUAAUCAACAUCAGGCGUUUGCAUGGUUGACCCUCAAAAAUAAAGUACGAAAUGCAGUUUGUUAUUGACUCAAUCAAAUUAAGCGUAGGUACAAUAAAUAAUGUGCUUUCAGCAUAAAUUUAAAAGAGGGCUGACCGCAAUUUUUCAACCUCGCGUGUACAAUAUAGUUAUUUAUUUACCAAGGACGAAAACUGGCCAUCAUUGUCGAAACAAUAGGCAGUUUUUGCGGAGGUGCAUAUUACAUUUUUUGUCGACCUCACAUACCUUCAUGAAAGUUUCCUGGCCUCGGCUACGUCGACGUAGUUGCCACUUCCUAGACUAGUCAUCCAAGUAAUUCAUUGAAAAAUGCAGUGAUAACAAGAUCUGCUGUGAAGCAACUUUGUUUUGUGUUGCAAUCAAAUAAUUAAUUUUUUAAAUUAACUACUACACAACCAGUUGAUCUGAAUCGCUGGGUUUGGGAACAUAAGUUUUAUAAUCAAACUCGUAAAGUUUCAAACUUUCCAUGAUGACCUUUUUUUUUUGUAAAAGAGGACUUUAAUAGUGGAACAUUAGGCUGGCUUCAAGCCUUCAGUGCCACCUAUUGGUUUCAUCGAUGUUUCCUCAACUAAUAACUCGCUAACCUCAGUUAUUGUUAUAUAUCCAUGCUUGCAGAAAUUAGUUCUUUGCCGAGCACUAUUAAUAAUUCAAAUUGAACGCAACAAUAAUCAUCGAGGAUCAUUGUAAUUUAAUAUAGAAUAGAAUUGAUGUUCAAAUAGUUCAUUCGAUCGUUGCUGAGCCGGUGAUGUAUGAGGGAAAAAAAGAAUUGUUUUCGUCAGGUUAUCGACAUUUUUUUUAUUGAUUUUUCAAUUCAAUUUGUUCUGAGUAGUGCCAAAGCCAAACGGUAUGGUUUAUCUCUCAGGGACAGUGAACAAGAAAAGAAAGAAUUUGAUCACUCUGAUAGUGCCAAAUCUUGAUUCUUCAAUCGCCGUUUUGAAAUUUUUCCUUCAAAGCUUUAAUUCAUAUCAAGAUCGUGCAAUAUCUAUCUAAGGAAUUUUUUUCCACCUCGUACAGACAUCCUGGCCGCAAGUGUACAUAUGUAUUUUUGGCAUUUUAGAUGAGAAACUUGAAUGAACGAAACUAUUUUUUCUACUAAGGGCCAAAAAAUGAAUUAGGUAUCGUCUUGCUGCUAUGAAAAUUUAAGUUGUCCAUCUGCACAUCGAAGUUUGUAUAUAUCGGUGCUAUUUUAUUUCCACAGGAAAAAUAUUUUUAAUAUUGAUUAUUGUCAUACUGUAAUUGUGUUGAUUUAGCCAUUAUACUAGUCAUAAAGAUAUUAUAUUCUAUUUUGUAUUACGAGUACCUACCUAUUGUAUUUUCUUAUGAAUAAUUAUAACAUUGUAUUUUACUUAGAUGUAGGUAAUAAAUUUAUUCCAGGUGA